CGUCACUCUCUGUCCCGUCGUCGCCGUGGCCGACGACGACGCCCUCUUUCGUCGGGUUCGAGCUGUAUACAUCCUUCGUGAGUAUGCAGCCUGUUAUCGAGUGAUGCGUCGAGCGUGACAACUGCCACGCGUCGUUGCUUCCCUUCGUCCCUCGCCAUCAGCUCGACUUCCUUUUCAACCUUCAUUUUCGCAGCAGCCGAACUGAGUACAAAACUUUGCUAGACUGACUCUUUCGUCGCCGCCCGGUCUGCUCGCCAUGGAUUCGUUCUCGUCGAACCUCCAAGUGCCCGAGCCUGCACAGGCCGGGCCAUCGCGUCAAAUACCGAGACCGGUCUCCGUACAACCUACCAGCACUUCAGCGGCUGUGUCUUCGUCAUCCGGGAGGAAGCGCGCGUCGCAUACAGUCGUCACCAGCCAGCCACAGCCAGAGGAGCAGCCCGUGUAUCGCGAUAUAUACUCGCACCCUGCCGCCGUAGAGUAUCUUGCGGCGCAUCCGAAGCGAACGAUUCCCAAGUUCGGUCCUUACCUUUUACUGCAGACCUUGGGUGAAGGGGAGUUUGGCAAAGUCAAGCUUGGCUUGCAUAUGCAAUGGGGGGAGGAGGUUGCCGUGAAGCUUAUACGGCGUGGUAACAUAGAUUCAUCAGUCCGCAUGUCCAAGGUAGAGCGCGAGAUCGAGGUUCUGAGGACACUUAAGCAUCCCAACAUCGUCCGACUAUACGACGUCAUCGAAACGGAGAAGUACAUUGGAAUCAUUUUAGAGUAUGCGUCAGGCGGUGAGCUGUUUGAUCACAUCCUGGCUCACCGGUAUCUACGCGAGAAGGAUGCAUGCAAGCUCUUUUCGCAGCUCAUUUCUGGCGUUUGGUACAUCCACCAAAAGAAGAUCGUCCAUCGCGAUCUCAAGCUGGAGAACCUCCUCCUUGACCGCCAUCGGAACGUCAUCAUCACCGACUUCGGCUUCGCGAACCGAUUUGAACAUCGUGCGGAUGAUCUCAUGCAGACAAGCUGUGGAUCUCCCUGCUAUGCGGCCCCCGAACUGGUGAUCUCGGACGGGCUGUACGUCGGUUCGGCUGUGGAUAUAUGGUCCUGCGGUGUCAUCCUAUACGCCAUGUUAGCGGGCUACUUACCGUUCGACGACGACCCGGCGAAUCCAGACGGCGACAACAUUAACUUGUUGUACAAAUAUAUUGUCAACACACCACUCUCGUUUCCCGAAUAUGUUUCCGUGGAUGCCCGGGACCUGCUCUCCAUCAUGUUGGUGCCAGACCCUGCGCACCGAGCAGACCUUCCGACCGUUAUGGCGCACAAAUGGUUGGUGCCGUAUGCGCACCUCUUCUCGAAGAACGUCGCGGAAAUGGAGCGCGCGGCGAUGGAGCAGCACCAUCAGAAGAGGUUGGCUUACCAGAGGCAGAUGAAGCAGUCUGCGCAGGAGUCGUCCACGAGCAAGAUCAACCGCAGCCACAGCGCCCGCACAGAGACCUAUGCUAGCACAGUAACUGCUACCGCACCGUCGCGGUCCAGGAGCAGCAAAGACCAGGGCUACAAUCAUCAUGCUCAGCCAGAGUACCUGUACGAGACGUCGGCGGAUCAGGCUGUCUACUCUACGUCCGCUCCACCUAGCGCUUCGCGCCGCGUUUACAAUUCGGCUAUCGUACUCCCCUCCUCGACGCCAAUGGUGGAGGACGAUCCUUUUGCACCGUCAUCACUUCAUGACGUCUCUGUUCCUUCAAUGCCUUCGCAGAAAGACAGGGUCAAUGGCAUGCAUAAUAAGGGCAAGGCCGACGGCGAUGCGAGCCAGACGCUUGACGGCGUGCAUACAAUCGCUCCAUCUAAGUCGCAACCGGAUACUAAACGAGCGAAGGGCGGUUUCAGGCACACUAUCCAGGUCGAGUAUGGCGAGUCUGAAUCUCAGCCACAGCCACACAGGGCGACGAGCAAAGCCAUCGAUGCCAUGGAUGUCGAUGUUGUGCCUGUUGCUGGGCCUCCUACCCCGACCAUGGAGCGAGAAAGACCAUCACGGAAGGAGUCUGGAGACGAAGCUCACACUGUUGAGAAGUCGCAACCUGUCAUACCUGCUCCCUCUUCGCAUCGCCGCUCCGACACCAUCACGUCGAUUUCCAGGUUUCCUGCCCCUACUCCCGCUACUGCGGCUGCUCCUGUCGUCUCCAUUGAAGUCACCGGUCCACCGGUCUCUCCGAUCGUUUCCACGGAAGAAAAGGCACCGUCCGCUUCAGAGAAGACGGAUACUACGUCGUCGAAGCAGAGUCGCCACCGGAGAGGGCUGUCCAUCGACAAGAUUGGUAUCACCAAGAUUUUCGGGUCUACGACCGAACAAUCGAACGACACUGCGUCCCGCGCAUCCUCACAGAACAAGAAGCCUAAUGCCAUACGUACAUCGUCGUCAGACGCCAUCGCUACGUCGGCGAAGUCCGAUACGGGCGGGAGGCCGUCCACAUUUCAAGUGCCACUUUCGUCUUCUCCUGUUGCUACCGAUUCUACUGCGCCUUCGGCCCUGCUGAGCCCAGAUAAUAGUGUGAAGAAGGCGAGGAGGAACACGCUCACUGUGGUGGCUGAGCCGUGGAAUCGCAUCAAGCAGCGGUCAAAGGGCAAUAAACAGGCUAUUGAGGCGCCGAUGCAAGAGAAGCCGCUUGUAUAUGAUGAAAAGAAAGCGGCAGCAGCGGAAGCUCUCUCGUCGCCCAUCGUUCCGCCGAAGUCGCCUGUUGUUCCGCCGAAGCUGUCGCCUAUCCACAACGUGCUUCCCUCGGCCACACCUCAACUCCCCGAGACUCCGGAGUCAGAUUUGCGUAUGCCGCUUUUCAAGGGUCAUCGUACCGCGGUGCCUGCCUCGACGGUGAAGGCCAGCAGGGUUAUGCAGUGGUUCAGGUCUAAGAGCAAGACGAGGGCUGGUAGUACAGAUGACGAGGCUGAGAAGAGUACGGCGGAAAUAGAGACUGUGAAGCGAGGACAGACCCCCUCGACAGGUACCGUCAAUGGUACUUCGGGUCGCCUUGCAACGCCCGUCGAUGCUCGUGUGCCGUUCCAGGGUGCUCAUGGUGGAAGGUCUGCGUCAUCGAAUGCAGAGCCGGCUUCUGGGAAUAGCCUCGCUGAACGCGUCCGCAACAUCGGAGGCGGUGCGCGGAGGACCAACCGUGCAUAUCCUGAUAUCCGCACCCAUCAUGGCGCGGUUGACCAGACGACAGUCACGACUGCUCCGCCGCCGGAGGUUAUGCAGCAUGUGCGGAAGGUGUUGGAGGGCAUGGGCGUAGACAUACACGUGGAGAGCGAAUACAAGUACCGCUGUGUCAGACCCAAGAAGGCGAAGUCUCGAAACGGUGUGGGUCUUGGAUUGCGUGAUGGUUCAGGCAGCGGUCUGGCAGUGUUCACAAUGGUUGGUUCGGCCGCGUCCAAUGGCGUUGACAAACGGGGACUUCCCCAGCCCUCACAGACACACACGUCGUUCAGCUCAGGCAGUAUGUUGAGGGGACUGCUCAUGCGGCGGCAGUCCUCGCAGGUAUCCACGUCGUCUCUCAAUCACGGCCACAACUUGCACACUUUAGACGGCGAAACUUCGCCCGAUGCCAUCAUCGCAGCGGCAGUGCCUGGCAGGCCCAGCGCUGACUCGCCGAUUGCGACCGAAUCCGUGUAUGGAGACUCCCAGCAGGAUCAGGGAGACGAGAUUCGAUUCUCCGUCGAGCUGACGCGCAUGGACCGGCUGAACGACACGUAUAGUCUUGACAUCCGACGCCUGAAGGGGAAUCUUAGGAGUUACAAGUUUGUGUAUGAUACUCUGCGACAGCGUGCUGACCUUCAACGCGUUGCGUAAGGUGUCGACAGUAUUAUGGUAGAGCCUUCCCGUCAUCGCAUCGGUUCCCCCCUUUGUCUUCUCGUUUCUUUGUCUCUGCAUCAAAGGCUUGGACAUCUGGUCUGCGUACCAUUAUACCUCUUCUAAUUGCCAGUGUUUGCGCGUCGAGUACUUAAUCCCUCUCUGGCCGUUUCUGUUUUUCUACUUUCCUAGGUAGCUUCCCGGAUUUCUUUCUGCAAUUUUCACUGCAUUGCUAGUUCUUCGGUUCACUGCGGUAACCAAGCUCACACUCCUGCGAGCAGCAUACCGGUUUUCUAUUGCGAUUAUGUUUGAGUCUUGAUCGCCAUGUGGAUCCGGAGAAGUACACAUAUCGUCGUGACAUACAUGCAUGCAUCUCGCACUCUGCACAUCCCAGUCGCUCUCCCAGACGUACACCAAAAAAAAACAAUUAUUACUUCAAAGUUGCCUGA